CAAUUGCUCUGUUGGCUAGUCUAGUCUACUUUCACUUGUAUCAGGUAACCGUAGAUGGUAGAUGGCAACGUGAACUCGUAUUUUAGAUCUAGAUCUAGUCUAGUAUAUUUUCAUUAUUUUGUGUUUCUAUCAAGACCAUAAUCUUCAAAAUGAGGAACCUAAAGCUGCUGAAUGUGAAAGUGUUGCAUGAAGGGCUAGAUAUUUCUCCACCUACCUUUGUAUCUCUGGACACUGAGCUCAAUCUUCUCUACCUGGCCACCCAGUCUCAGAUCCUGGCCCUCAGUUCUACACAGGUCACAGCAUCCCCGUUAUUUGCUGACGUUGAGGACUUUGUGGGAUUUGUUCCUGUAGGACUGGAAUAUGUCUGUGACCAGCAGGCUGUAUGUGUGGCCGGCGCUGAUGGCAAACUGGCACUCUGGAACACCAGCAAUUCUAAAGAUUUUGAAUGUGUGGGUGAAGUGGACGGAGGAAUCACUGCCAUCUGCUGGAGUCCGGAUAUGGAGCUGAUAGUCAUCACUACAGGUGCUGGCCAGCUGCUGCUCAUGACACGAGAGUUUGAUGUCAUCUCUGAAACAUCCAUGUAUCCACAUCAUCAAGGUCAAGAAAGUCAGGUGGCGUUGGGCUGGGGUAAGAAAGAGACUCAGUUUCACGGCUCUGUAGGCAAGGCUGCUGCCCGGACACAAGAAGUAAGCCUGGAGGCCGCAGCUGAUACAGGAGAGCCAGUGAUAUCCUGGAGAGGUGACGGCCAGUAUUUUGUCAUCUCAGUUGUUGAACCCUCCACACGUGCCCGCUUCCUGUAUAUCUGGUCCAGAGAAUGUGUGUUUCAAGCUCAGUCUCAAGCAGUCAGUGGACUGUCUAACUGUCUAGCUUGGAGGCCCUCUGGCUCCCUGAUUGCCUGUGUGCGCACCACUGCAGGCUCACAAGAGGUUUUAUUUUUUGAAAAAAAUGGCUUGUGUCAUGGAGAGUUUCCUAUUCCAUCAUCCCAGGAAAAGCUUUGGGUGAAGAGUCUAAAAUGGAACAUAGAGUCCACUGUCUUAGCUGUCAUUUUGGAAAGCAAUGGUGACAGCACCUUUUCUCAAUUGCAGCUGUGGACUGUCAACAACUACCACUGGUACCAGAAGCAGACGCUACAGUUCGAGGCUGGGAUUGCUGCAGCUCUCUGGGACACUGAGCAGGCCAACAAGAUGCAUGUGCUGACCAGGACUGGACACUACCAGACCUACACCUGGGCCUGGGCUACAGAUGGCAGCACUGGCUCUCUAGACACUGACCCCUCCAGCGUAGCUGUUAUUGAUGGGGCCAGGCUACUGCUGACCCCACUGAGACAAAUGGUGGUCCCGCCUCCAAUGGCGGCGUAUGUCAUAGAUCUGCCACAUCCUGCAAGUCGAGUGACCUUUGAACCUAAUGACAGUGGUGAUGGCCUUGCUGUCUUGAUGAACAAUGGCCAGAUUGCAAUAUACUCCCACACAGGGAAGGCAGACCAGACUGGAUCCGUCAACUAUUCAGCAGCUGCAGGUGACGGCUUCAGUCCACAGUGUGGUCUCCCACAGUUGGAUGGCAUCUAUUGCAUAACAUCAGCUGACACGCUCCAGCCAAUCAUUGUCCAGAUGCUCUGGAUAUGGGACAAACAGCUGAUCUUGACCUCUGGCUCCCAGCUCUACAUAGCCCACAUUUGUCAGCAGGAAAGGGCUAUUAGGAUCAGUCAUAGUUUUACAUUGAAGUGCAAUAUAGUUGGUCUAGCCCUGGAUGAGAGCUCUCACACUGUGGCACUACAACUGGAGUCUGGUCAGAUCUACAAGUUCUCAGAUGAAGCCCCCAGCCCGUGGAUGUCAGAACUGGGUGAGCCUGUUAGGUUCCCCUACACCUGUACGGAGAUGGCUGUGGCUGGGUUAGGUCAGGAGACUGUGGUGCUGGGUCUAACAGAUAGGUUCAGGCUCUACGUCAAUCAGAUGGAGAUCUGCUCCAACUGCACAUCAUUUCGGCUCCAUAAUGAUUUUCUUUUACUCACUACUUUCACCCACACCUUGAGAUGCAUUUGUCGCUCUACAAAAUUAACUGAUGUAGUCAAGCUGAAGGAUGGCAAGAGCCACCCCUUUGAUGAGAGUGUGCGGAGGGUGGAGAGGGGAUCUCAUCUGGUGGCUGCUGUGGCCAACAGCACCAAAGUUGUCCUGCAGAUGCCCAGAGGCAACCUGGAGACCAUCCAUCCUAGGGCUCUGGUCCUCAACUCUCUCAAACAGCUGCUGGACAGGAAGAAACUGGGAGAGGCUUUUAUCCUGAUGAGAAAACACCGGAUCAACCUCAAUCUUCUGCAUGACCACGAGCCCAAGCUAUUUUUUGACAACAUUCAAAACUUAAUACAAGAGAUCAACAACCCAAGUUAUCUGAAUGUGUUUCUUACUGAAUUAAGUGAAGAAGAUGUGACACGAACCAUGUACACAGCAACCUACCAGAGAGGUGUAUCACAGCAAACAGAAACAGGUUCAAAGAUUGACAAAAUUUGUGAUGCCUUCUUAAACAUUCUACAGAACAAACAUGACCAGAGCUUUGAUCAAACAAUUCUCACAGCUCACGUCAGGAAGUCCCAGCCCGACCUUGAGAAGGCUUUACUUGUUGUUUGGUCUCUUUAUGUUGAGCAGAAAGAUGCACACAGACGAGCAGAAGAGGCCUUAAAGUACCUGACCUUCCUGGUAGAUGUCAACCACCUGUACAAUGUGGCUCUGGGCACGUACAACUUUGAUCUGGUCGUAAUGGUGGCACAAAAUUCACAUAAGGACCCUAAAGAGUACAUCCCUUACUUGAAUUCUCUGCGACGUCUUGAAGAAAAUUACAGGCGCUACACCAUAGACAAAGAUCUAAAAAGGUUUAAUAAAGCUCUGGAGCACAUCAGCAAAUGUGGUGAUGACCACUUUCAAGAGUGCCUGGCUCUAGUUGAGGACCACAAACUUUAUGCUCAAGCUGUGGGCCUGUACAAACCUGGAACAACACACUUCAAGAGAGUAGCCACACUAUAUGGCCACUAUUUGUGCACCAAGAAGCGUCAUGAUGAGGCUGGCAUCAUGUAUCUGAAGGCAGAAGAAUGGGAGCUGGCGCUUGAUGCUUUCUUCUUGGCCUGCAACUGGCAGCUCAUGUUCUGUAUGGCCAGCAGGCUGGAAUAUGGCCAUCUCAGGCUGGUGGAACUGGCCAAAAAGAUGGCAGGUCAACUUAAAGAUCGUAAGAUGUACAAAGAUGCGGCUCUAGUUUUGGAAGAAUAUGCAAAGGAUGUGGAGGAGGCCAUAGCUUGUUUGAUUGAAGGAUCUCAUUGGGAGGAAGCUCUUCAUCUGAUGUACAGGUUCAAACGCCAGGACCUGGUAGAGACCCACCUAAAGGAGGCGCUAGAGGAGAGCUGCAAUCAUUGGGUUGACAUGCUGGCCAGCCAAGAGGAAAGUUUUCUGCAAUACAAAACUAGACUGGCCAUUGUACGGGCACAGAAGGAGAAGUCUUUCUCUGAACUAGAUGAGCACACAGACCAGCAUGGUGCUGACAAUGACCUGUUCUCUGAUACGUCCAGUCUCACCGGGAUAACCGCACUCUCCAACACUUCCACUCAGAGUUCAAGGUCAACUAUACUUAGCAAAACAGGAUCUGCGAGGACAAGAAGAAAAGCAGCCAACAAAAAGUGGAGUCUGAAGGAAGGAAGCGCCAAUGAAGAGUUUGCUUUAGUGGAUGCACUGGCCAAAAUUAUCAAAGCUAUUGACAGUCUUAGAGAAGACACAAGCAAGCUAUUGAAGAUGCUGCUACUGUUGAACUGGGAUGAGAAGGCCAGGACAGUCCAGCAGCAAUACAGCCAGUGCCUGGGUCUGGUGGAGACAAGUAUCUGCCAGAUCUGGAAACAGGACUCAGAUAAACACACGAUGCUGGGACCAGCCAGCACUGCCAACACUGCAGUCCAGGCUCUUCAGGCUGGAGUUUCAACACAAGAAAAAUUAGAUCCUGUGCUGCUUGUGGCACCUGUCCUAAGGAAAGACGUACAGUGGAAGCUACACUCUGCCAUGGCUCAUCAUUCCUAGAGUUGUUGUAAUAAAACUUUGAAAACUA